AUGCAGAAAAAAUUGAAGCGCGUCCACAAGGGCGAGGCGGCGCUCUACGUGACGCGCGCCGCCGCGCUGCGCAAGCUCGGCAUGUCUCUCGCAGAGUUUCGCCGCAUCUGCAUUUUGAAGGGUAUCUACCCGCGCGUGCCCAAGCGCAAAUUCCAAGGCACCGACAAAUCGAAGUGCGUGAACGCGGUGUUCGCGUCGAUCAAGGGCCUCUACUUUCGUGCGCGGCUGCUCGGAACGGACAUCGUCUGGCUCCAGCCCAAACUGGGCGCGCUGUGCGACUCGCGCGACUUCGUACAGCCGCAGUGGAUCUUCGACAGCAUCAACGCCAAGGCGCUCGAGCCGACGCUGAGCUACGAACCAGGCAGAACGCUGAAGCCGCAUCUCUCGCCGUUCGACCCAGUCGACUACGCCGCCGUCCAGACGGCUGUGCGGCUGGCUGCAGACGUUCUGAGCUGCGGCCGACACCGCGUUUCGCUGAACCCCGAGUGCACCGCCGCGCUGCAGAAGGCGUCGACGCGAUCUGCGGUUCGCCGACUGAUCGAAAAGCGCGUCAUCAUCAAGAAGGCCGUAAAAUGCCACUCACGCGCGCGCGCGCGCAUCUUCGCGGAAGCGCGCCGCAAAGGCCGCCACAUGGGGCUCGGCAAGCGUCGCGGUUCGAAAAACGCGCGUUGCCCGGAGAAACGGGUAUGGCUGCACCGCCAGCGCGCGCUACGUCGCGUGCUCCGCAAGCUGCGCGCUAGCGGGAGCAUCGACUCACACAUCUACCACUCCUUCUACCUGAAGGCCAAGGGCAAUCAGUUCAAAAAUAAAAAGGUUUUGAUGGAAGCCAUCUGGCAACAGAAGAACCAGCUGAACAAGGAGCGCGCGCUGCACGAACAGAAGAUGUCGCGCUUGAAGAAGGCUCAGCUCAAAAAAAUGAAGAGGGAAAUUACGGCCUAG